AUGCUUAAACUCUUACGACGUUUCCCACAACCCCACCGAUGCAGUGUGAUGUGCUAUAUUGUCAAAUAUCGAGCUCGUUUUUGUGGAACAUCCAUCGGUUCUCAACGGUUUUAUGCCAUCAAAAAGAGCACGCGCGGUAACGAUCGUCCACCGGCGUCUGUUCAACAACCCGUCGAUUUGUCGAAGUUGCCUAUCGCGGACCAGUUUGGUGUUUUGUCAGCGCAAGCUGAUUCAGGUCAUUUUCCACUACACUCCUCAUUGAAGGGACGCGCUGUUGCACACAUGAAAAUCACUGAUGAAAUUUUGCACGAACCAUUGGAGGACCAGGUGAGGGAACAGGGCUUGCAUCGCAGUCGAGAUCAUCCACGUUAUCAACGUAACAGUCAGCUGCUCGCAAAGUACUGUAAGGAAGGGAACGUAGAAGCAGCUUGUUCGCAAUUUUUCGACAUUAUGCUCACCGAAGAGCGUGUGAUGCCUUCACGAUUUGACGCACACGGGUUGCUGGACGCGCUAGCGAAUAGUGGUCGUAGUGCAGAUGCCUUCAAAGUGUACCAAAAAUUGAAGGAACUGGGAAUUUCUCCAACGCAGGCAACCUUUUCGCGAUUGUUUCGUGCUUGUGCUGAGGACGCCAGCGUAUGGUUUCGUGAGAAUGAGCCUACUUUCCAUGUGUGUACUGAUGGACGAUUAUCUGAAUUGCGACGGCGCAAAAAUUCAAUGCUUCAACGGGCCCUUCCUACUGAGCACUUGUUGGAACAGUUCGGUGGACCUGGUUUGCAGCGUGCUCAGAUGCUUUAUCAAGAGUUGCGCCAUAAGGGGAUCCAGCUCACACAAGUGACGUACAACACGCUUCUUCUUGCUCUUGCUAGAGGUGGUGACAUCCAAAGCUGUAUGGCCACGUUGGAUGACAUGCUGAAAGCUGCCAAAUAUAAUUCCCCCAAGAAUCCAAUUAGAAUUGACGAAUUCACCAUAUCAGCUGUCCUGAGUGGCAUCAAACCAGCCGUCGCGAAGCAUCAACUUGCAAUAUCUCUUCAGCAACAGCAACUUUCGCGCCUGGAUUUGUUCCAAUUCAUGCUUAGUUUGUGGCAUAGGUUGAUUUCUUCGAACGUCGAAUUAUCUUCACAUAUUUUUGUCUUGUUGCUUGGAGCGCUCAAGUGUAUACCUCGGGGGAAUGGGAAUGAUUCGACCCUCAGAAUCGAACCUCCUGAUUCCGCGGUGACUCCCUCUUUUUCCUCUUCCACUCAAUCAGAACUUUUGGAAUCUACAAAAGGCCAACUUACCCCUCCAGUGGCAAAUGACGGUUCUCAAGAUAUGUUGCAACCCCUGGACGAGACCAUGAUGGAAAAUGUCAUUCAGCUCGAUUGGGAAGAUACAUCGUUUUCCAUGCACAGUCCAGUCAAUCUACUUACUCCAACUACUCGCGCUAUUCAAGUGGUUCCUCCUUACAACGGUUGGUUACCUUGGCAGCGACUGGCCCUCUUUGGUGGUUUACAUGGUUUUCUGAAUACAGUGGAAACCGUGGGAAAUACUAAGCCUGAGAUUCGCAUAUUUACGGAACUGAUUGGUUUACUCCCCCCGGCGAAGGCGACAUCAACACAAAAUAACCUGGAUCAGUGGGAGGUUGCCAUUCUAGAUGCUGCUCGUCAACGCCGGAUCUUGCUUGACAUGCCCUUUUACAAUGCUCUGAUCAAUCGACGUACAGCUGUUGGGGUAUCGGCCGAGUGCUUGCUGGCGGAAGCCACACGUAUGGGUCUCUCGCCCGAUCAAGCCACUUGGGGUUCUUUGGCGCGCGCCUGCAAAUCAGUCGCUUCGGUCAAGCAGCUGCUUACCUCUUUGGCUGACGCGUCGAGCCCUGCUAGUUCCAAUACAGCGUCCACCCCUCAUAUCACUAUCCGACCCAGUUUGGCUUUUUUCGCCUCUCUACUUUCUGCAAACCGUUUCAACUGGGACCUGAAGGCAUUUAUACUUCAGCUAAUGAUGGGCGAGCAAGAGAACCCCAACUCCAAGGUUCCGAACAUCGUCGUUAUUCCAGACCGACGUAUGAUUGCAUCACUGGAAAUCGAAGUGGCAUUGUUCCGUAGGCUGUUGUCGAAGGGUUCGAUACCCAAAGGUAUGGUUAAUGUGAUAACUGCUGAUGGAAGAACUAUUGUGGGCACCUUGAAGGGUUUCGACAAUGUGAUAAACCUUGUUAUUAAGGACAGCCAAGAACGUGUGUUCAGUCCUACCGAAGGGGUGGAACAAGUCCCUCUUGGACUCUUCAUCAUUCGCGGCCAGAAUGUUGCACUUGUGGGUGAGAUUGACGAGGAUCUUGAUCGGCGCAUUGAUUUCUCCUCCAUUCGAGCGGAACCUUUAAAUCCGGUCAUUCAUUGAAGCUUCAAUGUCAUUUCCAAUCAUGAUCAGUACGAUGUACAGCAACUUUUUAUUCUGUUACUGCAAUCUUGAAUGAUGAAAUAAAUCUCCCGUUUG